CAUGCAUACACGUCAUUUCAUACAUUUCUUUUUAAUUACAUGAAGUACAUGUCGUUCAUGUGUGUUAAACUCAUAAUCACCAUAAGCAUCUCAGUACAAUACAAAGAAAUUUCUUAAAAAUCAUGUGGGAAGAAGUACAAACAGCAAGUCAAGAAAAGAGAUAUGAAUUGGUUUUACAUGGACGCGAAAUAUCGGAGCGUAUCGCGGAAAAUGGGUUAGAUCUUGCUAUAUUUACUUUGAUAAAUUUGAACUUUUUACAAAUUUCUCAAACGGGACUUAUUGAACUUCCCGCUGAAAUUGGAUCGCUUGUGAAUCUUCGAACUCUCGAUUUGCACCAGAACCAACUGUCUGUAUUACCGUCAACUGUUGGGAAACUGAAUGAUCUUAAAUUUCUUGAUUUGUCUCAUAAUAACCUUGUGGAGUUGCCUUUAGAGUUAACUGAUCUCACGAACUUGCAUACGCUGAAUGUAAGUUGUAAUCAAAUAGUUUCGUUGCCAUCUUUCAUCAAACUGCAGAAUUUAUGCAAGUUUGAUUGCUCACACAACAAGCUGGAGGAUUUGCCCUAUGGAAUUCAUCAGUUACAGGCUCUGUACGAGCUGAGAGCCAAAGGCAACAUAAUAUGUAUCUUGUCAGGGGAGAUAUCUUCCAAUAUCUCCCUUAAAAUACUGGAUCUCUCAGAAAAUCAGUUAAAAACCGUGCCACAAGAACUGGGACAAUGUCAAAAGCUGAAAGAACUGUUGCUGUUGAACAAUCCAAUAACUGAAAAUCGUUUGAAGAAACUUAUCGCUCAAUGCUCAACAAAGGCUGUUCUUGACUAUGUUAGGAAUGCAGGUGGAAAAACAAAGUCAAAAGGGAAAAAAGGAAAGAAACACAUUUCUCAAAAUGAUGAGGAAGAGAAUGUAAAUGACAAGUUUGUUAUUUCAGUUGAAAGAAGUGAGGAUUUUAAGAUUAUAGUGAAAGAAAAUGUUGCAGACGUACGACCCUUCAUUGUCUGUGUGAUAGCAAAGCAGAUUGAUCUGGGAGAACCUGAAAUGUUCAAAAAUUUUAUUAGUUUACAGACAAAACUUCAUGAGACAGUUUGUGAAAAUCGUGCUGUUGGAACCAUAGCAACACAUAACUUCACAGGGAUUUCCUUCCCAUUAACGUAUGAAGCUCUACCGUUGGAUGAAAUAUCUUUGGUUCCUUUGGGCAAGGAAAAAAUAUUCACAGCAAAUGAAUUGAUCAGACAAUUGAAAGAAGAUGCUAUGAAAGAGAAACAAAGGACUAAACGCCAAGCAAAAUCUGGUUUGCUGAAGUAUUUGUCAUUGAUUGAGAAUGCGGAAAUUCUUGCAUGCUUGAAAUCAAGUGAUGGUACAGUGAUCUCUUUGCCACCAAUAACAAACAGCAACGAGAGCAAGAUUUCUCAAACUUGUUUGGACAUUGUAUUUGAAGUUACAUCAGAUCAGGACUUAAAUGUUUGUAAAAGAAUCAUGGAUGAACUUAUAGAAAAAAUUAUUGAGUCUGGACUGUAUUCGUCCAUUAACAAAACAGAUAAGAAAGAGUUGCGACUAGUGCAAGUCCGAAUUUCUGAUGAACGAGGAACUUUGAAAGUUGUCUAUCCAUCAAGAAAGGAUCUUCCUUUACAAAUGGCUGUUGUUCAAUUUACAGAUAAGUAAUGUAAAUAAGAAAAGAAAAUAUUGCGGAAUAAAUUACUAUAAUCAUGAUUGGAUCUUCGUGAAAAACUCCGAAAACUUUCCUGUAGCCGUCUCCACAUUUGUUUUCACGUUAUUUAUGUUAUUCUUGCGGACUAGAAAUUGUUUUUUCUUCAAAUGCUGUUAAGAAAAACGUUAAAUGUUUUUGUCCAUACCCAGUUACUGAAUAAUAUGGUAGGGUCAGUUAACCAUGAACAGCUAGUCAACUGCAAUGAUGGCCCGGCAUACCUGCACGAUCUAUGGAUUCAACACUCAAAUGGUGUUUUGGCAUUGUAGCAAUUGUCUUUUUCUAAAAAUGCAUGGAAGAAAAAGAUUAAAUAGAACUUCCCAAUUUGCAAUCGUAGCGACGAAAUUUAGUUCAAGCGUGAAACUCGUGGCUUCUGUGCACUUAGUAGCUGGUUCAAAACCUCUCUGGCAAUUUUGCGUAACAAUUAGCGUUCUUUAUUAAAAAAUGCAGGAAAGAAAAAGAUUAAAUAGAAGUUUCUAAAUAGCCUCGUAUCAAAGAAAUUUAGCUCAAGCGAAAUAUUCGUAGCUUCUGUGCACCUGUUUACUGGUUCACGAUCACUCUGGCAGUGUUACGUAACAAUUAGCGUUCUUUAUUAAAAAAAUGCACGAAAGAAAAAGAUUAAGUAGAAGUUUCUAAUUUGCCUCGUAUUGAAGAAAUUUAGCUCAAGCGAAAUAUUCGUAGCUUCUGUGCACCUGUUUACUGGUUCACGAUCACUCUGGCAGUGUUACGUAACAAUUAGCGUUCUUUAUUAAAAAAAUGCACGAAAGAAAAA